AUGCCAGAAUUAGAACCGGAGCCUAGGAGCGUCAAGUCUGAGGUGAGCCGAAUGAAUGAAUGCCCUUCCUCAGAGCUUGAUCUGCUCACGGAUACAAGUUCAGUAAGUAAAGAACAUUUGUUAGACAAGUUUACGGAUUUUGCAGGAACAUGGCAAACUUACGAGAGCCGUGCCAAAGCAGACGACGCGAGAUCUGCUCAAGUUACAGCUGAACCCCAGCGAGCGCCGAUCAAUCCUACGCUCUCUCGCGUUGAAGAACUGGUCUGCGUCUCAAAACACUCUGAACCAAAUCAUGCCUUUGGCGGCUGA